UAUCCCUGGAAAAAGGCUACGUCCAUUCUUUUUUUUUUUUUUUCUCCUUCCCCCUCUCGACUUCAGACGUUGACCUACUACAUCACAAACAGACUCACCUGAGAUCUGGAUAAUAUCAGGGAGCUGUCCCUUUUCGCUUGGCUUGCUUAAUCUUGGUUGAUUUAUCUUCUUCCUAUUGUUACUUGUUGUGCAACAACCGGAUCACGCCAAGCCUGGGCUGCGUGGAUAGGUUCUGUGCGCUUUUGCUUGUACCGCACACACCACGCUACCAUGAGCGCCGAAGACAAAGUGCGCGUCUCCGGGGAGGGGGCGCCGCGCGAACCGGUCUUGCCUGUCGCCAACCAAGACACCGAAAAGCUUCAACAUCAAGCACCUAAAGCAUCCGUGCCUGCAGCGGCAUAUGUCAUUGCAUGGAUCAGUAUAAGUUCUUCGGUUAUUUUGUUCAACAAAUGGAUUCUCGACACCAAGAAAUUCCACUACCCCGUCCUCUUGACGACGUACCACCUGACCUUCGCCACGAUUGCGACGCAACUGCUGGCGCGCUAUACCACCCUUCUCGAUGGCCGUAAAACUGUCAAGAUGAAUGGGCAGGUCUAUAUGCGCGCCAUCGUGCCAAUUGGAUUCAUGUUCAGUCUGAGUCUUAUCUGCGGCAACUUGACAUAUCUCUAUCUCAGUGUUGCCUUUAUCCAGAUGCUUAAAGCUACCACCCCCGUUGCCGUCCUGCUCUCAACUUGGGCGCUCGGUGUUGCGCAGCCCAAUCUACGCGUCUUUCUGAACGUGUCGGUCAUUGUGAUCGGUGUGGUCAUUGCAUCCUUCGGCGAAAUCAAGUUCGUUUUGGCCGGCUUCCUCUUCCAAAUCGGUGGUGUUAUCUUCGAGGCGCUGCGCCUGACUAUGGUCCAGCGUCUGCUGAGCUCUGCCGAGUACAAGAUGGACCCACUCGUAUCUCUGUACUACUUUGCCCCUGUGUGCGCUGCCAUGAACGCUACUGUUGCCCUCUUCUGGGAGAUGCCCAAGGUCAGCUUGGCUGAGGUUUAUCACGUUGGGUUGUUCAACUUUUUCCUUAACGGAUUAUGUGCGUUCAUGUUGAACGUUUCGGUCGUUCUGUUGAUCGGCAAAACAUCUUCCUUAGUCCUCACCAUUUGUGGUGUUCUCAAGGACGUGCUGCUUGUCGCCGCUUCGGUUAUCAUCUGGCCCGACAAGCCAGUUACUGGCCUGCAGCUCUUCGGCUACAGCAUCGCUCUCGCUGGAAUGGUGCACUACAAACUCGGCUACGAUGCUCUGAAAGGCUACGCCGCUGAAGGCGGUCGCCAGUGGGCUGAAUUUGGAGCUCGCCGCCCCCUAUUCCGACGUGUUUUAAUUCUCGGAUCUAUAUUCGCGCUAGGCAUCUUCGUUCUCAGUGGCCUAGCACCUUACGCGACAGAAUAUGACGCCACCAAGGUCUUGAGCAAGGCUGCUAACAAGGUCGGUUUGCCAUAGACACUUCGAAAUGGGGCUUUAGUCAGUUACAAAGGGUUACUGUCAAGCUGUGUAUGGGUUUGUUUUCCUUUGUUAUUUGUAUUCCCCUUUCUUAGCAUGCAUACAUGUGUUGGAGCCUUCACUGCUGAGUCCGGUCGAAAAAAAGAUCGAUCUUGGCCAAUAUGGUAUGCUUUCAUGGAUGAUGAUCCUGCAUAUUCGUCGUGUAUUGGAGUUGGGAAGAUGUUUUACUUGCCUUAUGCAAAACUUCCCCUGUUGUUAAAGGUAUAGAAUGGGCUGGUUGCCCACUUUUUGGAUAUGAAGACUGAAAAGUCUGUGUACACACAUGUAUACUAGAAUUAGAUCAGGAAUCCACAUGACGUUUCAAGUCUUCAAUACA